AUUAACCCCACAGCCACUUAGGCACACACUUUGCACAUACAUGAAAGGUUAGAGUUGGACCCUCCUCCAAUCUAAAAACCCGCCACCCUCUUCAAGUUUUAUCCACCUUACCACCACCACCAUCUUCUGCCUUAAGCUCUACCAUGAAGAUCAAAACCCUGGUCCACACCCUCAUUUUCUCACGCAUGUGGCGCGUAAUUCGGUGCCUCAACAAAGCCAGGUCCAAAGCCUUAUCAAUUCUCAUUCAGGUUCUCAGAAAUAGCCAACCCAUGCAGCUCAUCUACCCUACCAAAGAAACCAAGAACAAGAACAAGACCAAGAAGAUAUUCUUCGGCUCGUUUAGACUGCACUACAACUGGUCUACGCAUGUGUUGCCCGUGCCUGCGCAUGUCUACGAUGGAUUAACAGCAACACAUUUGUACUAUGAUUCUACAUGGAAUUCAGUACUUUCAACUGAUGGUCAGCAAUGUGAGGAUAAUCAUGGUGCUGAAUCACAGCUCUCUGGGUACCUCCAAUGGCUUGAGGAGAAGAAGGUCCGUGAUAAUAAUAAUAAUAAUAAUAAUUCCAUGUCCGAUGAUCAGACUGAUGCUAAUGAGAUCGAUAAGCUAGCUGAUUUGUUCAUUGCUAAAAGCCAUGAGCAGUUCAUAUUGGAGAAGCAGGAGUCCUACAGGAGAUUUCAAGAAAUGCUUGCCAGAAGCAUGUGAGAUAUUGUUAAGUGGUUAAGGUGUGUGAAUUGCUUUUUUUUUACCUUUGUCAUUCCUCAAUGUAACAUCUUCGGAGUGAGGAAAGUGUAGUAGUUAGGAUGGAUUGAGUUUUUUCUUUUUUUUUUCCUUUUUCUCUUCUUUUUUUUCUUUAAAUUUAGUUACUUGAUUAGCUUAUGUCUUUUGAUAAUGGUGGGGUGGGAAAUAGAGAAUUGUACAUGAUGGUUGUAGGUAUUUGUGCAAUUCUUUUCUUGAAAUGGUGAUAGAGUUGAAGAUCCUGAUUGUGGUUAAUUGUUAAUUAGUACUUAAUUUGCAAGUAUAAAGCGAUAGAAUUGUGUGCUUAUUAAAUCCUUUCUUCUUCUUUUUUUCACAUUAUUUUGUAGCGUGUGUGUGCGUGCGCUCUUUUUACGCAAAUUGCACGAUCGACUUACUAAUCAUGGGAAGCCAUCUGAUAAUUCUCAAAAAUUAAUGAUGUAUGAAUAUUCUAUGCUUUUUGUCCUUUUAUUUUUUACUAGCUAAGUUGGUGUCAAAAUUCAGAGGGAGUCUGAACUGGGUUCAACACGUAUUUCUCUCAAGUGUUGUUUUUGGUUUGAGUGCCACGAGAUGGCUCGAUAGGAAGAGAGAAUAGACGCGCAACUGUUGGAGGCUGCCAACAAAUAGUGUUUGUGUUGCACGUGUGAAAGUUGUGCAUUAAUCUGACUUGUUAAUCAAAUGAUUGUGCACCAAGUUGGACGUUGGUUCAGUUAAGUUUUUUUAUGUGCCUCAAGCGAACAAGGACUUAAAAUUCAAUAUAACUUCGUGUAUGCUUGCCUAAAAAUUAAGUAAAUAAAAGCGAAACAUAAACUAAAAUGAGAAAGAGAA